AAACAAAUCAACUCUUCUUUGCCCACCUUUUCUUCUCUCACACCUCAUCUGCCCUUGAAGCUGCCUACCUAUCUCCCAGAGGCACUCCCGCCAAUAGACAGAUACAAACUACUUUUGGUAACGCAACUUAGCCGCCUGCAAAAAUGAAGCCACGCAGACAUUCGAAACACAGAAGCCCCAAAGGUAAAGAACCUGCGGGAUGUAACAUAAUCUACUUGAGCGAAUCUCCCGUCAAAAACAUGCCCUCGAGCAACGCCUCAAAUGACACAAACAUGGCUAACGAGGCCACGGCUACCGGAGCAAACACGAUCCCUCUAGGAACAGGAUCAGAAGGCUCUUCUGGCAGAGCUGGCGCACCACCCAAAACGCCAAACCCGUUCUCACCCUCACCGGUUCUCACCCUCACCGGUAUCAAUGGGUCCCAGACCCAAGCGGGUUUGGCAGCCAUACCUCCCAUUGUUCUCAUCGGAGGAUUUUGAAGAGCCAAGAACAGGCGAAAAGCCCGGUGCUAAUAACAAUGGGAAUAAUGGGAAUACUACUCCUCGAACCUCACAAGAGGCUUUAAAACGAUCAUUUAAUAUGAUGGAAAAGUGUCAGGCCAUAGAAAUGUGCCUGUCCUUGAAAGACGAAUAUCUUGCCAUGCCCUUGGCGCUCAACCACGAUCAAGGGCCCUUCUGGACCAAGGUUCUAGAUGAGAAACUUGAACGUAACGUGGCUGCCAAGAUCAAAAACUGGAAAGCUCUGAAGGAGUGCGUGGACUAUUGGUGCCAGCUUCGACGAACACUCCUACGAGAAGGCCGCUUGCCGGCGGUAUCUCAGGGUCAACCAGAGUUAGAUACUCUGGUUGACUCCUGGAACAAGGUCUUCGCCAGGCGAUUUUGCCAAAUGCACAAGGGUUAUUUUGAGAACGGCGACUGGGCUACAACUGGGAACAGAAACCAGAGUGAUGGCGUAUCAAACAGUACCCCCGAUAAUCAGCGAAAGCGGCCGCGCUUAGAUAGCGGAAUCUCUUCAGAUGUUUCUCCCCGAAUUGGGAGCAGAGAAGAAGCCAGCAGACCUCAGCAAACACAACUUUCGCCACUAAGAAGGCCUCCAGCAUCACGAACUCCAGGGAGACCAUCUUCGCCCCCAACUCAAGAACGAAAAAGUAGGCCCGCGGGCAGCUUCCCCAGGGGUCACGAUUCACAGUAUCCAGACAAAUGGGUGGGUGAUGGUGAACCCCACCGCCCUUGCCAACCACGAGGGUUCCGGGAAGACACUGUCGAGUUUGACAAAAUGUCAACUCGACGCCAGAACCAACUUAUCAGGACACAAAAUCGUACGCUGCUCGAAAAGUUCGAGGAGUUAGGACCUCGAUCAGAGCGGGGGCCAAGGAACAACCAUGACUCCUACCACAGGCCUUGACUAGGAGAUUCAGAAGCAAUUGGUACUUUGAAAGUGAUAAAAUGCGAGUUACCGCCAUCUCUAGGUCUCCUGAUUUGGUGAAGAAGGAAUAACAACCAAUGGGUGACUUUUUGGACCCUGACUUUGGACUUGGUGGAGGAGACAAUUUGUACAGUACAUCAGCAGCUGGGUGAUAGGAACAGCAGGGAAGCUAUUCAACAAAUGCAG